UCUCUAUCGCCUUGCGGACUAAGCUUAUUUACCGGCCUCUACCCCACUUAUGGUUUCGACUCCACAGACAACAUGGAAACUUGGGAAUCGAAGGAAAAGGCAUCUUGGAACUCCGACAAUGAGACACUAGGGAAGAAAAACGCACAUGGGGACAAACGACAGAGACAGGGUUCACUUCACAAUGGGUACGUUAAUGUUUGACAGUCCACAUUAUCAUUUCCCGCUAGAGCAACAUACGAACAGUUCACCCAUCAAUACACUACGGGCAUGUCAUUCAUGCCAUGUCUCCAAAGUGCGAUGUGACCAGCCAAACCCUGGUCUACCAUGUGUAAGAUGUCAGAAGGCAUGCAAGCCGUGCUUCCCGGUGGAGAAAUCGCGGAAUGACCAAAAGCAAUUGAACAAUCGCAUUAUGGAGAUUCAAUCGAAGAUCGAUAAGAUGAUAUCAACUGCAGUAUCCCAAGAAAGUGCCGGCGACAAAACUCGGUCCGUCGAGGGACCCUUCCGAGGUUGGCCAGUUGGUUCGUCCUCCAAUGUUCCCGGACAACAUAUUCGGGGUCCAUCAAUGGGGCCUGCGAUAUCACUACCCUCUACUGUCAGCUCCGGGGCUGUAGAUCUUAAAACCAACAUACGGUCCUUUCUGGACAAAGACAUCUCCCCAUAUCUCGAUGGCCCCACAAUGGAGAUCAUCUUCAACCGCUAUACCUCAAAUAUAGCUUCUACCUUUCCAGUUGUGGUCUUUCCAUCGGGUACUACGGCAGCCAAGGUCCGGAAAGACAACCCGAUUCUUCUCUUGGCAAUCCUUGACGUUGCGUCGUCGGGUUUCUGUGAGUUAGAGAUUCAGCGGAGACUCCGAAAGCUAAUCGUGCAGACGUAUGUUCAUUGCAUGCUCCGCAGCGAUCAAUACACUUUGGGCUUGCUGCAAGCGCUGAUCGUUUCUGCUACGUGGUAUCGGUCAAUCGAGCCUCUCGAGCCAGGGGAGCAGAUGGAUAUAUACCAAAUCGGCCACACCGCUGCUAACAUGGCUUUGAUCAUGGGCCUGGGGGACAAAUUGAACAAUGGGAGCAGGGAAUCGUCGGUGUUGGCCCAGAAAGGUCAGGGUGACCGGUACCAGAGUGCCCGGGCAGAGGCUCUAGAUGCUCGGAGAGUCUGGUUGGGGUGUCACUAUAUUUGUUCCAAUACAUCUAUGUCUCUGCGAGCCCCAAACGUCAUGAGAUGGACACACUGUAUGGACGAAUGCUUAGAAGAGCUGGAGACCUCUCCAGACGCAUUGCCUUCCGACAAAAUCUUGUGCUAUCACAUUCGGUUGCAGCAUAUCACCGAAGAAGCGUCGAUGCAACUCUCCCUUAAAGAUACAUCUACCUCUGUUUCAUUACGGGAUAUGCAGAUGCAAGCAUCACAUCGUCUUUUCCGGCGGCUACUUGCAGACUGGCGAAGUGGCAUCCUUGAUGACCAUUGGAACGGAACUUUAGAGCUCUCCUACCAUUUCUCAUUGUUAUACACCAACGAAGUAGCAUUCUGUGCUGCCCCUGGAAAUGCCACUUCCGAUGCCGAACUUGCAUCACCAAGUCAACCACCGACUGUUACUAUUCCGGCCGACAUUUUCAGCGAAUGCGUUAACACGGUAGAUCACUUGUUUUUAAUGUUCACUUCCUUGGACAUGUUUGCGAUUCGGGUUCUGCCAGCUAUGCACCUGAUCCGGAUGAUCUACACCGUGCUCAUCCUAGUCAAGCUUCAUUUUGCGGCUAUCGCCUCGUCGGACGAAGAUGCUCAGCUACAAGUAGAUCGACUUCAGGUCUCGAAGCGCUUAACUACCAUCAUACAGAUAUUCACAGGGUGGGGGCCACUCUGGCCUGCUACCAAAUUGACAACGGUCUUCCGUAGAAUCUGUUCGUGGUUUGAAGAUGACCAGACGAUGAAACGGGAGGGUUCGUCGCUCAACGUGUGGCGACUUGGUCCAACCUCUCAGAGUCCAGGCCUUAACCAACUGUGUUCCAAUCAUGAAUCAUUGCUGUUUCCCGGUUCAGGAGGCUGGUCAACAUCUACGGGUAUGGAAAACAUGCCCCUGUCAUUCGACUCUGCGCUAGAUAUCGGUGCUCCUGCAUUAAGUGAACCCGCCACCAAUUACUCGCUUCCUCCAAGCAAUAUGCCGACUUCCGUAUUCAACGAUAUCUCAGUUGGUGACGAUCUCGGCAUCGAUUUGAAUAUGAUGGAUGAGAAGAAUAGUGAUAACACCCUCGGCGUGGAUCUGGAGUUGAACCGGCUUCCCUUCAAUUUAAAUAGUCCGGAGAUGCCAUUCUGGAGCUACGCGGAUAACAAGUCCCGGAGAGACGACUAAUCUGAACACCACUGGCUCAAUGACAGUACUAACUCAAGCUAUCCCACAUACAAAUUUCAGAACUAGGAAUAACAACCAUCAAAGUCUUAAAACUCAUAGAUCAUGCAAACUACUAUAUCUCACCCUGUUUAAACCAUUCCUUGAGCAAUACCCAAAACCCCAAAUUACCACUUCUCUACAUAGGGCCUCAAAUCCAACUCAAAGCCCCACGUCGUCCGCGGCUGCGCAUGCAAAUGCCAAUACGACUCCGCAAUCUACUCCAAUCAGCACAACCCCC